GGGGGACUUGGAUGGGAAGAGGCUCGGGAAAGGGCUGGCACUGGGCCCUAGUGUCCUCCGCGCCCAAGUUCAAGCUUGCCCGCCUUCCCAGGGGCUUCCAUUCAUUUCGAGCCAAGAAUACUGCUGCCCUCUCCCCCAUACUACUGUAGUUUUGCGCUGGCACGGCUUGGGGAAGCAGUACCCCAAGUAAAGAGACCACCUGGAGGCCGUGGAUGUGGAUGCAGAGGGAAUUGGACAAUUAAUUUGGACAAUUAAUUAAGUUGGACGAGGGUCUGGAAACCUUGGAUGAAGUUUUAGGAUCAUCUAAGUGAUGAUGGUUUAACACUGGAUAAAAUUCUGAAAGGAGUAGAAUUUGAAGCUCUGAGGAUUAAAUGCCUAGUAGGUUCUGGGAGGCGCAGAAUCGGGUUACACGGAGGUGCGAAUGCACAGCAUGGGAUUCCGGAGGCACAGCCUCAGGAUGCUCCCUUUUGCCUCCUGCCUCCCCGGGUCUUUGCUGCUCUGGGCGUUUCUGCUGUUGCUCUUGGGAGCAGCGUCCCCACAGGAUCCCGAGGAGCCGGACAGCUACACGGAAUGCACAGAUGGCUAUGAGUGGGAUGCAGACAGCCAGCACUGCCGGGAUGUCAACGAGUGCCUGACCAUCCCGGAGGCUUGCAAGGGUGAGAUGAAAUGCAUCAACCACUACGGGGGUUAUUUGUGUCUGCCUCGCUCUGCUGCCGUCAUCAGUGAUCUCCAUGGUGAAGGACCUCCACCGCCAGCGGCCCAUGCUCAACAACCAAACCCUUGCCCGCAGGGCUACGAGCCUGAUGAACAGGAGAGCUGUGUGGAUGUGGACGAGUGUACCCAGGCUUUGCAUGACUGUCGCCCUAGUCAGGACUGCCAUAACCUUCCUGGCUCCUACCAGUGCACCUGCCCUGAUGGUUACCGAAAAAUUGGACCCGAAUGUGUGGACAUAGAUGAGUGUCGUUACCGCUAUUGCCAGCAUCGAUGUGUGAACCUGCCGGGCUCUUUUCGAUGCCAGUGUGAGCCAGGCUUCCAGUUGGGACCUAACAACCGCUCUUGUGUGGAUGUGAAUGAGUGUGACAUGGGAGCCCCAUGUGAGCAGCGCUGCUUCAACUCCUAUGGGACCUUCCUGUGUCGCUGUAACCAGGGCUAUGAGCUGCACCGGGAUGGCUUCUCCUGCAGCGAUAUCGAUGAGUGCGGCUACUCCAGUUACCUCUGCCAGUACCGCUGUGUCAACGAGCCAGGCCGAUUCUCCUGUCACUGCCCACAAGGCUACCAGCUGCUGGCUACAAGGCUCUGCCAAGAUAUUGACGAGUGUGAAACAGGUGCACACCAAUGUUCUGAGGCCCAAACCUGUGUCAACUUCCAUGGGGGUUACCGCUGUGUGGACACCAACCGUUGUGUGGAGCCCUAUGUCCAAGUGUCAGACAACCGCUGCCUCUGCCCUGCCUCCAAUCCCCUUUGUCGAGAGCAGCCUUCAUCCAUUGUGCACCGCUACAUGAGCAUCACCUCAGAGCGAAGUGUGCCUGCUGACGUGUUUCAGAUCCAGGCAACCUCUGUCUACCCUGGUGCCUACAAUGCCUUUCAGAUCCGUUCUGGAAACACACAGGGGGACUUCUACAUUAGGCAAAUCAACAAUGUCAGCGCCAUGCUGGUCCUCGCCAGGCCAGUGACGGGACCCCGGGAGUACGUGCUGGACCUGGAGAUGGUCACCAUGAAUUCCCUUAUGAGCUACCGGGCCAGCUCUGUACUGAGACUCACGGUCUUUGUGGGAGCCUAUACCUUCUGAAGACCCUCAGGGAAGGGCCAUGUGGGGGCCCCCUUCCCCCUCCCAUAGCUUAAGCAGCCCCGGGGGCCUAGGGAUGACCGUUCUGCUUAAAGGAACUAUGAUGUGAAGGACAAUAAAGGGAGAAAGAAGGAGUCCUGGCUGAGGUGGGUGAGUAACCUCAGCCCGGGAAGGGGCUGGCCUGCGAGAGGGGCAGGUGAGUUCCACACAAGGGGUCCUCUCCAGUCAGGCUGAGGUUUCAGAGCCAAGGUCAUUCUUCAGAAUCAGCCUGAGCAGUGGGCAGUGGUGGCGCACACCUUUAAUCCCAGCACUCAGGGGAGACAGAGGCAGGUGGAUUUCUGAGUUCGAGGCCAGCCUGAUCUACAGAGUUCAAGGACAGCCAGGGCUACACAGAGAAACCCUGUCUCAGGAGGAAGAAAAAAAAAAAAAAAAAAAAAAGGCCUGAGCAGGGAGUUCUGAAGAGUAUGUACCUCAGGUCCUCACUCAAGAGCUUGGCUGAUACUGGGCCCAGGAACCAUGUUCUGGUCAGUGCUAGGAGUUUGGGGUUAGCAUCCUAGCUCUACCCCAAGCUCUGCACUUGUACAAGCCUCUGGUCUCCAGUCACUAGAAUGAGGCAGCUGGAUUGAGAAACUUUUUGACCGGGGGCCAUCUAAUUACACUCAAACAUACAGUGCCUUAUUGACCCCAUCUCUCUGACCAGGGCAUUCCCAGCCCCUAAGGAGUGUUUAUCUAUUAUCCAGCCAUCCAUAUUUAGGGUCUGGCUCUAUGUAAGUACUUAUUAAACAUGGGUGUGCACAACCA